GUUUUCCGUACAGCAGCAUGGGGGCCGCCUGCGGGAGCAGCCAUAGCAUCACGCCCUGGGGAAGAGGCCGCCGUAAAGGAAGGGCCGCUUCCUCUUCUCACUUCUCCCGCCUCCCACCGGCUGUCGUAAAAGGGUGAAUGGAGAGCGAGUUGUGGGGGGUAGAAAGGGAGGACAGGGGGCGCGGAGUCAGAGUGGCGCAGCAAGUGGCUGCAGGUGGCGACGGUGGCGGGGGGUGGGGAGUGAGGUAGUCCAGGGGUCGCGGAGGAGGAGGCUGAGAGGGUCAAAAGAAAAACUAAAGCUGCUGUCUGGCCUACUGGUCCGGGGGCCGCGGAGCCCCCACCCGGGGAGAUGGACCUCAACCGGAUCAUCCAGGCGCUGAAGGGCACCAUCGACCCGAAGCUGCGGAUUGCAGCUGAGAAUGAGCUCAACCAGUCCUACAAGAUUAUCAAUUUUGCCCCCAGUUUACUUCGGAUUAUAGUGUCUGACCAUGUGGAAUUCCCAGUACGCCAGGCAGCUGCCAUUUACUUGAAGAACAUGGUGACGCAGUAUUGGCCUGACCGAGAACCUCCACCGGGAGAAGCAGUAUUUCCAUUCAACAUUCAUGAAAAUGAUCGUCAGCAAAUACGUGAUAACAUUGUGGAAGGAAUAAUUCGGUCUCCAGAUUUAGUGAGAGUCCAGUUAACAAUGUGUCUCCGUGCCAUCAUUAAAUAUGAUUUCCCUGGUCACUGGCCAGCAGUAGUCGACAAGAUAGACUAUUACUUGCAAUCACAGGGCAGUGGAAGCUGGCUUGGCAGUUUAUUAUGUCUGUAUCAACUGGUGAAGACAUAUGAAUAUAAGAAAGCAGAGGAAAGAGAGCCUCUUAUAGCAGCAAUGCAAAUAUUUCUGCCUCGUAUUCAGCAACAAAUCAUGCAGCUCCUUCCUGAUUCCUCACAUUAUUCUGUUUUACUACAAAAGCAGAUUCUGAAAAUCUUUUAUGCACUUGUUCAGUAUGCAUUGCCUCUUCAACUAGUGAAUAACCAAACCAUGACCGCGUGGAUGGAGAUCUUUCGAACUAUUAUUGACAGGACGGUUCCUCCUGAGACUCUGCAGAUUGAUGAGGAUGAUAGACCAGAACUAGUCUGGUGGAAGUGUAAGAAAUGGGCACUGCAUAUUGUAGCUCGUCUCUUCGAACGAUAUGGAAGCCCAGGAAAUGUCACAAAAGAAUACUUUGAAUUUUCUGAAUUCUUUUUGAAAACCUAUGCAGUGGGAAUUCAGCAGGUACUACUAAAAAUUUUAGACCAAUAUAGACAGAAAGAGUAUGUAGCCCCCCGUGUUCUUCAGCAAGCAUUCAACUAUCUUAAUCAAGGGAUUGUUCAUUCUGUCACCUGGAAGCAGAUGAAGCCACACAUACAGAAUAUCUCUGAAGAUGUGAUUUUUUCUGUGAUGUGUUAUAAAGAUGAGGAUGAAGAGCUGUGGCAAGAAGAUCCAUAUGAGUACAUAAGAAUGAAAUUUGAUAUUUUUGAAGAUUAUGCUUCUCCCACCACAGCAGCCCAGACUCUCUUGUAUACUGCUGCAAAGAAAAGAAAAGAGGUGUUGCCCAAAAUGAUGGCAUUUUGUUAUCAAAUCCUAACAGACCCGAACUUUAACCCAAGGAAGAAAGAUGGAGCCCUGCAUGUGAUUGGUUCCCUGGCUGAUAUUUUAUUGAAGAAGAGUUUAUUCAAGGACCAAAUGGAGUUGUUGCUGCAGAAUCAUGUAUUUCCGUUACUAUUGUCUAACCUGGGCUAUCUUCGAGCUAGAUCCUGUUGGGUACUUCAUGCAUUCAGUUCUUUGAAGUUUCAUAAUGAGCUCAAUCUAAGAAAUGCAGUUGAAUUGGCAAAGAAGAGCCUGAUUGAAGAUAAGGAGAUGCCUGUCAAAGUUGAAGCUGCCCUUGCUCUCCAGUCAUUAAUUUCUAACCAGACACAAGCUAAGGAAUAUAUGAAGCCACACGUAAGGCCUAUCAUGCAGGAGCUGUUGCACAUUGUUAGAGAGACAGAAAAUGAUGAUGUUACUAAUGUUAUCCAGAAGAUGAUAUGUGAAUAUAGUCAAGAAGUAGCCUCAAUUGCUGUUGAUAUGACCCAACAUUUGGCUGAGAUAUUUGGCAAAGUUCUUCAAAGUGAUGAAUAUGAAGAAAUUGAAGACAAAACAGUAAUGGCUAUGGGAAUUUUACAUACUAUUGAUACUAUCUUGACAGUUGUAGAAGAUCAUAAAGAGGUUACUCAGCAGUUAGAGAAUAUCUGUCUACGGAUCAUUGAUCUUGUUUUGCAGAAACAUGUAAUUGAAUUCUAUGAAGAAAUUCUUUCCCUGGCAUAUAGUUUAACCUGCCAUGGUAUUUCUCCUCAAAUGUGGCAGCUGCUAGGUAUAUUAUAUGAGGUUUUUCAGCAGGAUUGUUUUGAAUACUUUACAGAUAUGAUGCCUCUCUUGCAUAAUUAUGUGACAAUAGAUACAGAUACUUUAUUAUCUAAUCCAAAGCAUUUAGAAAUACUUUUUACAAUGUGUAGAAAGGUACUAUGUGGAGAUGCAGGAGAAGAUGCAGAAUGUCAUGCAGCCAAACUUCUUGAAGUCAUCAUUCUUCAGUGCAAAGGAAAGGGAAUUGAUCAGUGCAUUCCACUCUUUGUUCAACUUGUUUUGGAGAGAUUAACCCGAGGAGUCAAAACUAGUGAGCUCCGUACCAUGUGUCUUCAGGUUGCAAUUGCUGCCUUGUACUACAACCCUGAUUUGCUGCUACAUACUUUAGAACAAAUUCAGUUGCCUCACAACCCUGGACCUAUAACUGUACAGUUUAUAAAUCAGUGGAUGAAUGAUACAGAUUGUUUUCUUGGGCAUCAUGACCGGAAGAUGUGUAUAAUAGGACUGAGUAUCCUUUUGGAACUGCAAAAUCGACCUCCUGCAGUAGAUGCUGUAGUGGGACAGAUUGUACCCUCAAUUCUUUUCCUUUUCCUUGGCUUGAAGCAGGUCUGUGCUACCAGGCAACUGGUAAACCGCGAAGAUCGCUCAAAAGUGGAGAAGGCUGAUAUGGAAGAAAACGAGGAGAUUUCAAGUGAUGAAGAGGAGACAAACGUAACCGCUCAAGCAGUGCAGUCCAAUAACGGAAGAGCGGAGGCGGAGGAGGAGGAGGAGGAGGACUGGGAUGAAGAAGUGUUGGAGGAAACCGCCCUUGAGGGAUUCAGCACUCCGCUUGACCUUGACAGCAGUGUGGAUGAAUAUCAGUUUUUUACACAAGCUCUGCUAACUGUGCAGAAUCGGGAUGCUGCCUGGUACCAGCUCCUCAUGGCACCGCUCAGUGAGGACCAGAGGAGGGCGCUGCAGGAGGUGUACACCCUGGCAGAGCACCGGAGGACAGUGGCAGAGGCAAAGAAGAAGAUUGAACAACAGGGAGGCUUCACCUUUGAAAACAAAGGAGUCCUCUCCGCAUUUAACUUUGGGACUGUGCCCAGCAACAACUGAAAGAGGGAACAUCAGCCUACCAAAUGUCAUCACUACAUUUUACUUCACCAGGGGAAUGUGAAGGUCAAGGGGUGGGACAGAGUGGGCUGUGCCGGUUAACUCUGGCAUUAGGCAGCACUUUUAUCCACUGCCUCUUCCGCUUUGAACUUUCUCCCCCCGAAAUAUAUAUUCUCAGCAGCUACUGUAAUGUAUGAAAUUCAAGGAAAACAAAAUCAGUGGACUGAAGAGGACAAAUCAUAUUCUCCAAAGGACGAAUGACCAAGGUGGUUUUAGAGGACUGAAUUGAAUUGCACGUCUCAGGUUUUUGCCAUGCAGAAUCAGUGGAUUUAUGCGGAUAACAGUGCCUUCUGUUGUACAUGAAUUAUCUGAAAAAUUUUUUUGGAGUGCAUUGCAAUUUUUUUUAAAGCAUAAAACAUAUUUCUAGAUAUAAUGUAAACCUUGGCUAUAUGUUGACUUAUUCUGCAUUUUACUAUGUGAAUUUACUGUUAGGCAGUUAGCUACAAGUCACUCUGGUUUCAAAAACAUCACCGCUCGCCUCGCUCACCCUGCUGCUGGGGGCUGUCUUCAGGGGUUGUAAAAUAUGCACUGGCUCUGGUUUUUCAUCAGAUGUUUUGUGGCUUUCCUAAUAAGUGUCUUAUUCCCUCUUCCAUUAUAUUUUUGAGCCCUGAAAGAGGUGGUAUUUUUUUUGGAGUCAGCAAAUAUGAAUAUAAAUUUCAUUUUUAACGUGGUAAGUUCAGGACUCAAAAGUUUCUUGGCAGCAAGUGGCAGGAACUCUUUAGUCACUGGAAUUAACAGUAAGUCCGAGUGUAUUCUGAAUCAUGUACUUAAUUAUGUAAUGAAUUGAUAAUUAUACUAAAGCACAUUGAACCCUUAGGAGAAGGGUGCUACAUAAGCACGUGGUCUUUCCAGAUAGGGGCUUGCAUUUUCAACAAUGUAUCAUUCCAGCUCUGUUGGACCUGGGUCCAAAACAUUUUCUAACAAAAUUUUUUAUCUAGGAUAAAGAGCCAAAUGAAUUUAACUUCUACUUUUCACAUAUCUGAAUUUUCUCCUACCUAAUUCAUUCUAGCCUUUAUUAUAGCUAAGUUCAGCUUGUUAUAUUUUUCACGGGUUGGGAUGUUGGUCAGCUGCCCUCUUGGAUGGUAAUGAUGCCUAUAGGAAACAUAGCAGAUGGAGGUUACGGCUAUUUUUCUGAACAAAUUCAAGACUAAAACAUGGAUCAUAGUGUUUUCAUACAGUAAAGUGAAAGUGUAUUUUCAAAACCUAAUGUAAUUACUGGAUGUGAUACAGUUUUCUGUUUUUGUGAAAUGUCUGCAGCUUAUAUUUCCCCUGACUGGAGGAAUUUUCUCCAGGUGCUUCCUAUAUUACCAUCCCUUGUUAAUAUUAACUCUUUUUAGAAGUUUAGGUUAUUUAAGUAGUUUUUACAGAAGUAGCCUAAGAAGCCAUGAGUUUCAGAGUUAAAAGGAUCCCUUGCUUUCCUCUGUCCCUCUUCCCAAGGCAUUGCUAUUGAAUGUACCAGCUGGCAGAAGAGAAAGAUGGCUCUGGGGGACAUUUUAGAUAUCUUAAGCUUUGAAACUCUUCUUAUUCUCCCCAUGUCCAAAAUGGUUUAUUUUAACAUAAAUAAUAUGCCUUCACACUGGAUUGUAAAAGGCAUGUGAUUUUAUUUUUGUGAGGUAUUGUCUUCUGCAGUAUUAAAGGGAAAGAGAUGUUAAUGUGUAUCAUCCUAUCUUGUUUUUGAAGCCAGGGUAGUUGUAUAAUUUUGUUACCAGCAGUGCUAACCUGAAUGUGAUCUGGUUACCUUGGAAAUGCAGGAACUUAUAUGAAUGUACUGUAAAAUAAAACAUGGACUGAUUCCCAGGAUUCUGAA